GAUACGGCACUGCCAUCAAAUCGAAGUUAAAGCAAGUCCACCAAUCGACCACAAUUCGCAGAAAGUGAAAAACUCCCGACGCCAUGUCCAGCUCCGAUCCUAACAAGCUCAUCUCCAAAGCCGACAAGCUAACAAAGCUAAGUCUUACGAGGUGGAGUGCUGAUUGGAAAAGUGCUACUCUUUUAUACGAACAAGCUGCAAACGGAUUUCGAGUUUCAAGAGAUUAUGAGAAAGCAAAGUUGGCAUUUGAGAAAGCUUCCAAGGGACAAGAGAUGCUAUCUUCUCCCUGGGAUGCUGCUAAACAUAUGGAGUCUGCUGCUGCUUUAGCGAAGGAACUACUUAACUGGACUGAGGUCAUUGACUUUUAUAGAAGGGCAUCUGAGCAAUAUAUGCAGUGUGACAGACCACAACCUGCGUCUGAUUCACUUGCCAAGGCUGCCCGUGCUUUGGAGGAUGCUUUGCCCGAUGAUGCUGUUCAACUCUAUACUGAUGCUUGUGUUAUUCUCGAAGAUGAUGGAAAGGAACAAAUGGCCUUUGAUCUGUAUCGUGCUGCCGCUAGUGUUUAUGUUAAACUUGAGAAGUACACAGAUGCUGCUACUUUCCUUUUGAGGUUGGGCUUAGCAGCUGACAAGUGUAAUGCUAGAAAUAGCCAGUGCAAGGCAUAUCUUAGUGCAAUUAUUGUGUAUCUUUAUGCUCAUGACUUACAGCAAGCAGAAAAGUGCUACAAUGACUGUUCACAAAUUGAUGCUUUCUUGAGCAGUGAUCAGAACCGCUGUGCUAGUAAACUUCUUUCUGCUUAUAGAGAAGGCGAUGUAGAAGAAAUUAAACGUGUGGCUCAAUCAAGUACUAUUUCCAAUCUUGAAAAUGUGAUCAUAAAGCUUGCAAGGAAGUUGCCUACUGGUGACCUGGCUGACAUACAGGGAGAUGCUGAUAAAGGUGGGGAAGAAGCCCUUGAUGAAAAUGACCUGACAUGAGUUUCACCUUUCAAGGAAUUGUCUCGUUGUCUGUCGCAUGUUCAUGUAAGUACAUAGACAUAAAAACAUGUUUGGUUUUAAGUUUGCUUAAUUCGUGUAUGUUUAUGCCUACUUAAUGUUAAACUGUUGCUUGUUUUAUACGAAUUGGGCGAUUGCCCGUAUUGGAACUUUU